AUGAGUAAUUAUGAGAAAAAGAACUCUAUAAAUAAUAAUGAAAACAAUAUAUCAACAUCAGAAAAAAAGAAUGAAAUAAAUGAUAAAUGUAAAAAUGUUGAUAACAAAAAUGGUAUUGAUUCUAGUAACAAAACUAGAUUAAGUAAUUUACAAUAUGAAUUAAAAAGUAAUGAAAAAAUAGAAGAUAGUGAAUUAAAAAAUAUAUUAGAAGUAAAUGAACAAAUAGAAGAUGGAAAUUUGGAAGAUAAUAUGAAAAUAAAAGAUGAUAAAAUAGAAAGAAAAACUGAUAAAGAAGAUGAAGGAUACUUAGCUUACUGUGAUAAUGGAUAUCUAAGAGGUUUACUAAAAAAUGCUGUUGUUAGUUCUAGUGUUUAUAUUUUUUUAGGAACAAAAAUAAUAUCAUUUUUAAAUGAAAAAGAAAGAUAUAUUUGUUCCUUCACAUGUAAAUUACUAUUUUUUGAGGUUUAUUCGAUUUAUAAUUUAAAAGAUUUAUAUAAAAAUAAAUUUAUUAGUAAUGAUAAAAGAAGUUUUAUAUGGAAGGCAAUAUUACUAGCGGAUAAUACAUUUAUGAGUGAAAACUUAUAUAGAAGUUUAAAGAAAAGAAAUAGCGAUUUUGAUAAGAUAAUUGAAAAAGAUAUUUAUAGAACUUUUCCUCAUAAUCCUUACUUUUUAAAUAAAAAAGAAAAUAUGCAAAAAAAGUUAUUAGAUAUUUUAAAAGUAUGUUCAUUAUAUUUUAAAAGUGUUGGAUACUGUCAAGGUAUGAAUUAUAUUGCAGCUAUAUUUUUAUUAGUUUUUAAAAAUAAAUUAGAUACUGUUAGAUGUUUUAUUUCUUUAUUAGUUAACUUUAAUUUAAAAGGAAUGUUUAUAUAUAAUUUUCCAGAGUUAAAAAAAGUUAUUUAUCAACUAAAUAUAUUAAUAAAAGCAUAUAUGCCAAAAUUAUUUUAUUUUUUUAGAAGAAAAAAAAUAAAAAUUGAUUUUUUUUGUAUCAAUUGGUUUAUGACAUUAUUUUCAUUAGAUUUAAGUCUUGAAAAUACUCUUAAAUUAUGGGAUAUAUUUUUUUUGUUUGGAUUAAAAAUUUUAAUUAAGUUAAGUUUAAUUAUUUUACAUCACCAUCAAAAAAAGAUUCUUAAUAUGACAUAUGAUGAAGCUUUGACAUUUCUUAAAUCCAUUACAAAAUCUUCCUUUAUCGAUUACCUAUUUGAUGAAAAGAACUUUUUUAAUUACUUGAAAAAAUUUAAAGUAACCAAUAGAAUACUUAGACAAAUAAUUAUGCUAAAGAAAAGUAAAGAAAAAAUAGAAAUUCAAGUAAGAAAAAAUGAUGGAAAGAUAAAAUGUUCAGUUGUAUCAAAAAAUAAUUCUAAAAAUAAACUUAAAAAUAGCAAUCAUAAUAACUUAAUAAAUCGUAGUAAUUUUAUUUUUAAUCAGAGUUUUUUAAAAAGUAUACAUUAUGAAUAUUUUAACAUAAAAUUAAACAAGAGGAAUACAUGGAACUCAAAUGAAAAAAUAAAAGAAGACAUAGUAAACCAUAUAAGUAAUAAUGAUAAUAGUAAAAAUGAAAAUGUUAUUAUAAAAGAAAAUAAUGCAUUCAUAGAAACAAAUACAUAUUACGAUUUCAAUUUAACGAAAUCAUUUGAGUAA